AUGCUUCCACCAGGAAAUGCCACAGUGAUUCCAUUGAAUUUCAAGCUGAGAAAGCCACUAGGCCACCUUGAAGUCCUCACAUCUAUGAAACAACAGGUAAAGAAGGGAGUUACUGUGUUGGCUGGGGUGAUUGAUCCUGACUACCAAGAGAAAACUGGACAGCAAUUCUAUAAUAGAGAUAAGGCAUGCACUCUGUCUGGAAUACAAGAUACCCCUCAGGACAUCUCUGAAGUGUUACCAUGCUCUGUGAUUAAAGCCAGUGUAAAUCUACAACAAGCCAACCCAGGCAGGACUACUCAUGGCCCAGACUCUUCAGAAAUGAAGAACCGACAAGAGAGCGGAAGCUGGGAAUCCUGGACUCAUCACGUCCACCGCUCUCCCGGAGCGGCUCCCGGCCGCACCCCCCGGAAAGCCGCCUAUGACUUACACGUGAUCCCCAGUGACGCCGGUGUCGCCGCGCGACUCCUCCGGGGCGGCCGCGCCUGCGCGGCAGCGAGGAGGUGGGACCGCGGGGUGUUCCGAGGGGGGCCCGGGAGCUGGACCUGCUGGAGCCCGAACGCCUACACCUGCCGCGGCUCGCAGAGGCGCGCUUCCUCACCCGGCGGCUGGCAGCCCCGGGCCCUGAGUGCCUGCCGCCGCUGGGGGGCCCCCGCUGGCCCCUCCGCGCUGAUGCUGAGCGAGACCGCGGGCCCGGGGCGGCGGCGGCGGCGGCGGAGUGCGCCCCAGACUUGCCAACUCCCGCCCGGACUCGGAUGGGCCCCCCUGCCCGAUAAAUGUGGCUACCGAGGCAGCGGUGGCGGUGGUCGGUCCCGCUGCUGCUGCGCUCCAGGUUCGCCUCCGCCCCGGGGCUCUCCUGGCCCACCUCGGGGCCGUGGCCACCGGCUCCUCACCCCCUGGCCCGGGACUUGCCGCGUGGCGACGAUGGACAAGAUCCUGGAGGGCCUGGUGAGUUCUUCGCACCCGCUGCCCCUAAAGCGGGUGAUCGUGCGGAAGGUGGUGGAGUCGGCGGAGCACUGGCUGGACGAGGCGCAGUGCGAGGCCAUGUUUGACCUGACGACCCGGCUCAUCCUGGAGGGCCAGGACCCCUUUCAGCGGCAGGUGGGCCACCAAGUGCUGGAGGCUUACGCGCGCUACCACCGGCCGGAGUUCGAGUCCUUCUUCAACAAGACGUUCGUGCUGGGUCUCCUUCAGCAGGGCUACCACUCGCUGGACAGGAAGGAUGUAGCCAUCGUGGACUACAUUCACAACGGCCUGAGGCUGAUCAUGAGCUGCCCGUCGGUGCUGGACCUCUUUAGCCUGCUGCAGGUGGAGGUGCUGCGGAUGGUGUGCGAGAGGCCGGAGCCGCAGCUGUGCGCCCGACUCAGCGAGCUCCUGACCGACUUCGUGCAGUGCGUCCCCAAGGGCAAGUUGUCCAUCACCUUCUGCCAGCAGCUGGUUCGAACGAUAGGCCACUUCCAGUGCGUGUCCACCCAGGAGAAAGAGCUGCGGGAAUAUGUUUCGCAGGUGACGAAAGUGAGUAACUUGCUGCAGAACAUCUGGAAGGCCGAGCCCUCCACCCUGCUGCCUUCUCUGCAAGAAGUUUUUGCAAGCAUUUCCUCCACAGACGCAUCGUCCGAACCUUCCGUAGCCCUGGCGAGCCUCGUGCAGCAUAUCCCUCUGCAGAUGAUCACGGUUCUCAUCAGGAGCCUGACUACUGACCCGAAUGUCAAAGACGCGAGCAUGACCCACGCUCUUUGCAGGUACUUCUUCAUAACACCAUAG